AUGUUAGAUGUACAUGGUCUGUCCUACUGCCAGACCCCGGGCCUGGCCUGGCCCACAGGCGAGUGUGAUCCGGGCUGGUUCUGUACGGUCGGAGCGAAGUCUGCCCAGCCGGGGACGGUAGCGGAGGGCGGGCGCUGCUCUCCCGGCCAGUUCUGUCCGGGCGGCAGCUCCGAGGCCACGCCCUGCACCCCCGGGAUGUACUGCGACAACCACGGGCUGGCCGAGCCCACCGGGAACUGUACUGCUGGGUACUACUGUCUGUUAGGGGCCAGAAUUCCUAAUCCGUAUGACGGCGACACAGAAACCUGCGUGGUGGGGGAUGGGACAUCCUACCGAGGAACCGUCUCUGUGACUGAAACAGGCUUGACGUGUCAGCGCUGGGACAGUCAGACGCCCCAUGAACACGACAGGACACCCGCUAAUUAUCCUUCAGCAGGACUGGAGCAGAACUACUGCCGGAAUCCGCGCGAUCCAGUCGGCUGGACCGGAGUUUGGUGCUACACCACGGAUCCCUACACGAGAUGGGAGCUGUGUGACGUGCCAGUCUGUGGAAGUGACAUCUGUCCCAGAGGUUACUAUUGCCCAGAAGGCAGCAGCUUCACAAUCUCCUGCCCUCCUGGCACCUUUUCCAAUAACUAUGGUAACAGGCAGCUGGAAGACUGUAUAGCCUGCACCAUGGGGAGUUACUGUGCGGGUUAUGAGAACACGGGGCCCACUGGACUGUGUGAUGCCGGGUACUACUGCCCGGGCGGACAGCGAACACCCAGUCCUCCAGACUACAUCUGUCCACCGGGACACUUCUGUACACGUGGCAGCCACGCGCCUCAGCCCUGCCCAAUAGGUACCUUCUCCAAUGUGACGGGACUGAGGGCCGCUGAAGACUGUAUAGCCUGCACCAUGGGGAGUUACUGUGCGGGUUAUGAGAACACGGGUCCGACUGGACUGUGUAAUGCCGGGUACUACUGCCCGGGCGGACAGCGAACACCCAGUCCUCCAGAGUACAUCUGUCCACCGGGACACUUCUGUACACGUGGCAGCCACGCGCCUCAGCCCUGCCCAAUAGGUACCUUCUCCAAUGUGACGGGACUGGGGGCCGCUGAAGACUGUUCCCAGUGCCCCGCGGGCCGGUACUGUGAGUCGGAGGGGAUGACGGAGCCAGCAGGAGCCUCUGGAGGUGUGGAACUUUCUGAGCAAACUAGAAUCCAGAGUUUUGACAAGGAAUUGAUGAAAUAAACUGUUGGUAAAAUUAUUCUAAAAACAUCACUAAAGAGACACCUAUUGUUCAUCUGCGCCAGGCGGCUGUUUCAAACUGUUCAUACUUGUAUAAGCAGAGCGGUAGUUUGUUAGGCUUGACCAUAUGAAGGUAAAUAUUAUGCGUAAAUGUUACUUUUCUACAAGUAUCAU